UAAAGAUUUGACCUUAAACGUGCCGCCUAUCAUUAAGUCCUUCUUUAUUGGCGCUCAAAUUGGCUGCUGGGACUUAAGCAAUAUGUUGGAUUUAUAUAACUCAAUUUAUAUCUUGGGAAGAUAAAUGGGGACACUGCAGAAUAGAAUCGAUGAGCUUGUGUCUCUAUAUACUAAGAGUUCACCCUUGCUGGAUGAUAAUUCUGUUAGUAUAGAAUACUUGUUGGAUACUAUUGUUUGUCUUUUUUACGAAUGCAAACUCCCUCAGCAUAAAAAUGAGAGGAACUGCAUGAAAUUUUACAAUGCCGUCAAAAAAUACGUUGAAAAAAUCGAGAAGUGUUGGAUUUCAAAGUCAGAGUUUGAAACCAUUAGAUUAAUUGGAUCUGGAGCAUUUGGCGAUGUGUCGGUUGUUAGAUGGAAAAAUGACGGAAAGACAUAUGCUCUCAAAUCUCUCCACAAGUAUGAUAUGCUUAAACGUUCAGAUAGAGCUUGCUUUCAAGAAGAACGAGAUGUUAUGGUGAAGGCAAUGGUCAAUAAUUCCCCAUGGAUAGCAAAACUGCACCACACUUUUCAAGAUGAGAAGUUUCUGUAUUUUCUUAUGGAUUUCUACAAUGGUGGAGAUAUGCUUACUAUGCUUAGCAAGUUCGAUGAUAAAAUACCUGAAAAUAUCGCCCAGUUUUACGUCGCUGAGAUGGUGCUAGCUAUUAAUGCUCUACACCAGCUCGGUUAUGUUCACAGGGAUAUAAAACCAGACAACGUGCUGUUGCAAAGCUCAGGUCACAUUGUUCUUGCUGACUUCGGUUCUUGUUUGAAGCUUGGAGAAAACGGGCUAGUGAAGAACAAUACAGCUGUCGGUACACCUGAUUAUAUAUCACCAGAAAUUUUACGUGCUUCUGAGGAUGGUCACGGAACGUAUGGUGUUGAAUGUGAUUACUGGUCUUUAGGAGUUGUGAUGUAUGAGAUGCUGUUCGGCGAAACACCUUUCUAUAGUGAAAACCUAAUCGAAACAUACGGUCACAUUAUGAAUUUUGAGAAGCAUUUUUCAAUUCCUGCGGAUUGUACAGACGUUUCUGAGUCAGCAUGCGAUUUAAUGCGACAUCUGAUAUGUGACAGGAAACGAAGAUUUGGUCGAAAUGGGAUUAAUGAAUUGAAAGAACAUGCCUUUUUUAAAGGUAUAGAUUGGGAACAUAUACGAGAACAGAACGCUCCGUACAUCCCUGAAGUGACCAGUCCAGAUGAUACAUCUAACUUUGAUAUUGAACAGUCAUCUCGUAAUCAUGAAGGACCACCUCUUGGACCUAUUUUUCGUGGUUGUCAAGUAGCGUGUAUAGGAUUCACAUUCACUAAUAAUUCUCCGUUAAAUGAACUAGGUCCAAUACAUUUUAAGCUGACAUCAGGUAACGAAACGAAGUGUUCGAGUGAGACAUCAAAGUUGUCAGCUAAUCCAGAGUCAAAUGAAGCAUCACAACCAACAGAAUCAAUAACACCAACAACAAUACUUGAUGCAAAAGCUGAAAAUGAGACUGGUGAAUUUGGCUUAGUUGAAAGUCUACGAACAAAAUGUGAAGCAUAUGAGAUAAAAAUAAAAGAAUUGGAGGCAACUUUAUCAUCGCAAUGUCAUCGUAAACAUGAUGAAGAAGUAACUAGAAAAACAGUUUCAGUUUCUACAGAAAGUGUUCCAGUAAAGGAGGAUAUAUCGCCUGAUAAUGCUGAUGAGACAUCGACAGUCAUAAAUUCCUUGACACAACAAGUUGAAGUUUUAUCCCAUAAACUGAAAGAAUCAGAAACACAAAAUCAUGCUAUUUUAGCUAAUGUUGAUUCACUUAAAAAUGAACUCUCUGAAUUACAUGAGUUAAGGAAAAAAUUGCAAUCAGAAGUACAAGCUUUUGAAGAAGAAAAUGAAUCUUUGGUUAAACGUGCUUCAGAUGCCCAAUCAUCUAUUAGAUUUUGGGAAUCAGAACAUAACAAAGUGCUUUCUGAAUUGACCCGGUUACGUGAAGAAUUAUCAUCACACCGUGAACAUGUGAAUCAACCAAGUCUAAAUGAUGUACAUAGUUUGGUGCAUAAAAAUGAUUCAAUCCACUUAGAGAAUGGUGUAAAAAGCUACAAUGUACCUGCAUCAUCACCAUCUUGUUCUUCUUCAUCGUCAUCUUCAUCCAACUUGGUCAAUGGAAUACAAAAUUCGCAUAUUAACAAUCAUCCAACAGAUUCAAAUGAUCUACAAGAACGUUUACAUGAAAGUGAAACUAAACUGAAACGAGUUAUGGAAAAUUUCAUUGCAUUGAAACAUGAAGCACAAAAUCUUAAAUUAGGCUGGCAAUCUGAACAAAAAGAAUGGAUGAAAGAACGUGAAUUAUUAGAAGAAAAGAUUAAAACAUCUGUUAGCCAAAAGACUAUGGCCUUAGAAGAUGAGUUAGCCACCUUGAAAGCGAAUAAUGCUGAACUUGAAAAUAAUAUCGCUAACUGGGAACGUCAUUUAUUCGAAUUGAAUCAAUGGGUUGAUGAUGAACGUGAGGCUAAAGAAAAACUUCAUAAUUUCACAGUGCGUUUAGUUUCUGAAUUAGACGCAUUACGCAGUUCAGGUUUAGUACAAGAUUAUGAUCAAGAUGGAAUAUAUCGAAAUGGUUAUCAAUCAUGGCAUACACCUUUCAAUGCAACAAAUGAUGUGAACUCGUUAACCUAUGAUAGUCCUGCACCAAGUGUUAUCGGUGAAAGUACACUUGACUGGCGUCAGCGUAAAUCUACUAAGUUAAAUAAAAUGGAAAGAUGGAGUCAUGAAGUAGCCUUAAAUAAUGAGGUACGUGCAAGGGAACAAGCUGAACUACGUCUACAAGAAGUUGAAGCUCGUUUGAAAGAAUUGUAUGAUCAAACUAGCCAAAAGGAUGUGAAGAUUAAAGAACAAGAUUGUAUUAUUGAACACUUGAAUGAACAGUUACUAGAACUUUCAAAUCAAGCACGCCUAUAUCGUAUAAAUAAUGAUACGGCAAAUGAUACAGUCAAUCUAAUGCAGAAGGCAGUUGCAGACAAUGCUGUCGAAAAUAGACGUUCUCUUCCUUCACUAGAUGUCAACAGUCCGUAUACCUCUACACCACUUCAACAGAACUCAUGGACUAAUUUAGAUCCCUCCAAUGUUAAUCAAACAUAUUCUUCUACGCAUAAAUUUAUUUUCGCCACUUUUUGUCAACCAACAAAGUGUAAUGUUUGUGGUACUCUAAUACUUGGUCAAAAAUGGCAAGGUGUUCAAUGUCAAGAUUGCCAGCUUAAGUGUCAUCAUCGAUGCAGGUUAUCAGCACGUGCUGUUUGCUCUGGAACUGCUGUAGCAUCCAUGGAUGGAACUUGUAGUUUUGGUUCAGACUUUGAAAGUGAUGUGAAGAUGCCUAAAUUGGGUGGAAUUAAACGUGGUUGGCUGAAAUAUCGAAUGUUUUUAUCUGAUAAACGCUUAUUCUUUUACGAUAUCAUCUCCGAAUCCUCUAAUAUGCAGGCACUAAGUGGCAGUGCUAGUUCAUUGUCUCCGUCUUUUCAAAAUAUUCAUCGGUCAAAUAAUCAUAAUAUUUCUUCAAAUUCACUGAAUAUGACUACCAACGUUGUGUUCCCGUCGAAUAGUCCCAGUCGAAUUGUUGAUUUAAGUAGUUCAGGAUUUUCUGUAUCUCGUGUAACUGCAGCUGAUGUGAUACACGCAAAACAUCAAGAUAUUCCAAAGAUACUCAAGAUUAUUGUAGAUGAUUGUCUUCCCAAUGCUCCACUAUUCCUCUUAUUCGAAACAUCUUCACUUUGUGAACAAUGGUUUAAACUGAUUCAAGAUACAUUGAAACUUGUUCUACGUCAUAUUAACAGUGAUGCGGAUCACCAGUGUCUACAAGUACGUGAUGUCUGCACUUCUUCAUUAUCAGCUAUACUAAAACAAAUCAAUUGUGCAUCAGUUUUAGAUGAAUACCGAUUCUUGGCUGGCACCGAUGAAGGAUUGUAUGUUGUUGAUAUAAGACAGAAUAUGAAUGUGCGUAUAGGUGCACGCAAACCGGUUUAUCAAGUGGAAGCUCUAGCUGAAGAACUACAACUUGUUGUUGCCAUUCAAGGCAAACAACGAUAUCUGAAAUUAAUACUGAUUGGUGCAUUUGAAGGAAUGAAUUUGAAACCGAUAAAAAUUACUGAACCGAAAUUAUGCACUCGUUUCACAUGUUCAAUGAGUCGUAAUAAUACAGUCUGUUUAAUUUGUGUUGCUAGUAAUCGUUCAUUGUAUAUCUUUGAAAUUGCACGUGUACAAGGAAGGCAUAAACGUUUAAAAGAAAUUUCUUGUCCGUAUAUUAUUCAAUCAAUUAAUUUUGUUCGAGAUGGUGAUUGGAUAUGCGUUGGAUCGUCAAAUUAUUUCGCUCUGUAUAGUAUCUGGACUGAUGGACCAGCUCAAGUUUUACUACGUGGAGACCUGAUUGAUCUUGAUCCCAGUUUAGCAUUUUUCCAACAAUCACCGUCAGAUGCAUAUUGUGCUGUACAGCUGGGUGACGAUGAAUUUCUUUUGGCAUUUGAAAAUUGUGGUGUAUAUAUGAACACACAACGCAAGAGAACACGACCAGAUAAUCUUAUGUGGCCUGCUAAAUUAAUUUCCGGUUCUGCUAUCAGCUAUUCCUAUCCAUAUUUAUAUGUAUUCACAGAGGCUGGAUUAGUUGUUUACAAUGCAGUUACUGGUUGUUGGGUAUCAACACUUAGUUCCUGUCGUGUUCACCCAUUGAAUAUGGAUGCUCAUUUAUGUCUUGUACAUUUAUCACCAAUGUCUACGUCGAAUUCAUCAUCGUCAUCACGUAAAUCAAUGUAUAACAGCGGUGUAGAUAAUCUUGGUAAUAAUACAAUGGGUAAUUCUCCACCUGUUGCACCAUGCCUUUCACCAAGUGAUUUAAUUUCAGUUCAACAGCAACAACAACAAUUGCAACAACCUUUACGAUUGAUUCAUUUACCUCAAGUAUCAUCAUCACCUGAUUGUAAAGAAUCGCCUAGACAUAUUUCAGCUCUACGAAGUAGACGAUUACAAAUGCCACAGUCUAGUAUGCUUGGUGUCCCUGGACGCAUGCGGAAAUCCAGUCGCUUCAAUUUAUAUUCACUUGUAGAAGAUGGUUUACAGCGUACCAGUCAUGGAGUUAGUCCUGAAAGAUCAAGAAAUUCUCGUCCUCAUUCCCAGCAUCGAAAUCCUCAACCCUCUGGACUACCAUCAAUGCCAACUAAUCCAUCCACUGGCGGCGGUGGUGGGGUAGUGCCUCUUCUCGUAUUUCACAUCUUAUUUCUGCUCCCUCCGAUUUUCGUCAUAUUUCACAUAUGGGAAGACAAAUAACCGGUACCUCUUUCUUAGAUCUCAAUCCCAGUCCAGGUGAACCACCAUUGACAGAGGCUGAACGAAUAGCAAGGUUUAAAUCAGUUGUGGAGGAGAAAUAUGGGAUUCCACCAACAUAUGGCGGUGAUGGGCAUUGUAGAAACCCUUCAGCUAAUGUGAACUCCAAUGUUUCACCUCAUCUUAUUUCUGAUAUCAAUAAUCUUCCAAAUACCCCUGAUUGUAAUAAUACAUCAACUCAGCUUCGAACAUUUACAAAAUCUCAGUCUCGACAAUCAGCUCCACUGACACAUAGACUCAGUCUAGCUGAUUUAGAAUCCACUGAACACCAUCACAAUCAUAUAUUGGAUCAAAAACCCCCGUGUAGUAAUGCAGUUAAUCAGCGCCAACGUGUUCGUUCUUCAUCUUUACGGCCUAGUGUAAAAAAUUUGAUAUUAAAUUUAGGUGAUAUGACUAGCAGUAUAAAUUUAAAUAGAAAAAAUUCUCUAUUCAAAUCUGAAUCAAAUAGUAAACGUAUUAAUGAUUUAACAAGAACAACAACACCGCCACCACCACCACCAUCUGGUCAGAAUAAUUUGUUAUUAUUAUCAUCACCAUCAUCUACUGUGGAGAGGACCGAUGAAACAACAACAUCAGUAACAACACCAACUGGUUUCCCAUCUCUUCAACUAUCUGAUUCACCAAGUAUUCAAGAAACAGUUAUGGCAUUAUUUUCAAAGCUUGCUGAUGACAACUCACCGUCUUCUUGAUUUUUUUGCUUCACGAUCAUUGACUAAUUAUCCUUUGUCUUUUUCUCAUAUAUUGUUUCCUUGUGGAAUUCAAUCAGAAAAGAGAUUUACCAUCAGCAUAGCAUACCAUAGCAAAUUAAAAUUAACGUUUGUUCAGGCUGUGAUUCUGAGAGAGAAAUAAACAACAGUAAUGAUGAUGAUGAUGAUAAUAGAAACGAGGUGUGUAUUGCUUUGAAGAUGAUACUUAAAUAAGAGCUUCCUUUCAGUUUCUGCUUUUUGUUUUUACUUCAUCAUUAUUAUGAUCUCAUCUUAUGGUAGUAGUAUAUAUAAUUUCAAAGAUUCCCUUUGUACAUUAAUAUUAUUAUUAUUUUAAUUCAAAUGUUUAUUUACUCCCUCCUUUGUUCACUGUAAACCAGUUUCUGUUAUCGUGUGUUGUUUCUUCCAAACUGUUCCUUAUCAUUUCGCCUUUUUUAUUGUAUGAACACAACUCCCUGUUACACACACCCACACACAUACAUUGAAUGAGAGCAAGAGAAAGAGAGAAUGAAUACCUUCAACUCGCACAGUCACCACCCUCAUUUAUCAAAUUUAAAUGUAUAUUUCAUCCGUAAUAAAAACAAACUGUCUUUGUGCAAAACAAUAAAAAAAAGUGCAAAUUCCUGUUUCUUUUGUUAUGUCAUAAGGGAAAAAUUCACUUAUCUAUCUAAUUUUUAUCAAUGGUAUAAAAUAUGUAAAUCUGUUUGUUUGUAAACUCUUAAUUUAUGUUGAUUUUCUUUCAACUUCUUUUCUUCUUCAUGAUGCCAGCGCAAACACUGAACACAAAUUAGUUUUUACAUAAUUUCCCAGUCUUCAAUUACUAUUAUUUCUCCUGUUAUUUCCUCAAUUGAUGACUGCAUAUAUGUUAAAUGCAUACACCUCACAUCUGAUCGAUAUGUUGAGUGAAAAGCAGUAUUCAGACCGUCCUAUCUAUGUACAUCCCCCCUCCUCUCCUUUUUUGUUUCUUUCCCACUUUUCUUUUCUACCCUGGAAACAAAUGGUUGAUAAUAUUUUUUAGUUGUUUACUGAAUUUAUUUGUCUGAGCACAGUUUGUUAAUCCUUAUGUGUUUUCUCUUCUUUUUUGUCACAACAUCAAAUUAAUAUACAUACAUGUUCCUAGAAUUGUUUUCUGUUCACGCAAAGUAAUGCUAAGAAUAUUGUUUUAACUGUUUGCCUAACUCGCAUAUAUAUAUAUAUAUGUGUCGUAGUUUAUUUAGUUAUCAUAGAGUCUUGUUUCUCAGUACAAUUCAGUCAAGAAGAUUUUUUACAUUGACAAAAUCAUCUUCAAAGACUGUAAAAUUGUAAUUGUAAAUCUACCGAAUAAAAUGUUAAGUAGUCUACU